CAGAACACGGUAGAAACCUAAUGUAAAGUUCGAAUGUACUUCAUUUGUAGUUACAGAGACACUUUAUUUAAUUUGCACUACCACCUACUUCCUUUUCUUUUCGAACCGUUCAUCCAGCUAGCAAGAGUAGCUAGGUAGCCAACUGCAAUUAGGAGAAACUUUUAAGUGAAGUUACUUAACUAACAAGCAGUUGUGCUGGUCCCAGAAUGUGAGAGACUGUUAUCAGGAAGACCUUUGGUACAGUUGCACAAUUGUAAAACACUGACGGGUAAAAAUAGUGAAUAAAAUCAUUAGUCCCGUUGGCACAGGCCGACAGAAUGUUAUAGCUUCUUUAGUCACAUAGCAUUUUCUCUGGCAAAUAAAACAUUAAACAUCGCUCUUUUAGUUAUAACGUCAAUUGAAACCAUACGUAACAGUUUAUGAGAGACCAUGUGGACGGAAAAAAUUACGUUUGCUUUUAAAGUACUUUUUUUGCUUUCCUGGAUUGCAAAAGUACACGCGCAGACAUGUGAGGGGCAUUGUGGCCAAAAACGGGAGAUCUGCUCAUGCCAUGCAACAUGCGUGUCCCUACGGAACUGUUGUGCUGAUUAUAGACAAUUCUGUCUGGAGAUAUCCCCCUACUCAGGAACAAUGUUUGGAGGGACAGACUUCACUGUCCUACAUGUAACAUUUAACCACAGUUCCAGACUAAUCUGCAGGUUCAGCGGAGAAAUUGAAACUGACGGCUAUAUUGACGGAGAUGGCAGGGGUCAUUGUAUUUCCCCUUUAUUGUAUGAAACAGGGUGGAUACCUUUUGAUAUCUCAUCCGAUGGUGUGACGUACAAUAGACAUGGGUCGUGGUUAUCAGUCCAUUCUGGUAAACUGGAUCCUGGGUUUAAAGUCACCCUUGAGAAUGCAACCCAGUGGCAGUACUAUGGCACCCCCGGCAUUGGCGGAACUCUGCGGAUGACUUGGAACACUUCUCUCAUCAGAGCAGAUAAGGUCAAAGUGGAGCUAUGGGGAUACAGAGAAUUGGGAGAGCCCUACUCAGAUAACUGGCUACCAGAAUGGGAGUAUCUGUACACUUUGGAGAGCGACCUUCCAAACAAUGGCGAAUUCAGCUUUGUUCCCAAACCCUCAAAGAAGCCCUUCUCGGAGUGGGAGCUUGGUAGUGUCCGUGUGAGCCAUAGCUCAAAUUCAGAUGGGAAAUGGAACGUUCAGGCUGCGUGGAGCGAGGACCACGCCCUGGCCUGGCACCUGGAGGAGAGUUUCAGACAAGACUCCAACGCCUGGGCACUAGACAAGUGUCUGAAGUGGGACGAGCUGGAGAGGAAUCUGCCCAACUUUCUGAACGAGACCAUUGACUGCCCAUGCACUCUGGCCCAGGCCCGGGCUGACACUGGCAGGUUUCAUACAGAUUAUGGGUGUGACAUAGAGAAGGGGAGUGUGUGCACCUACCAUCCAGGCAGUGUUCACUGUGUACGAGCCAUACAAGCCAGCCCCAAAUAUGCUGCGGGACAGCAGUGUUGCUAUGACAGCACGGGAGCACAGGUGCUGACAUCCGAUUCCAUCGGAGGGAGCACCCCUGACCGGGGGCACGAUUGGGGAUCUCCUCCAUACAAGAAGCCUCCCAGGGUCCCAGGAGUGUCCCACUGGCUCUACGAUGUUCUCAGUUUCUACUACUGCUGUCUGUGGUCAGACAACUGCCACUACUACUUCACCCACCGGCCCUCCAGUGACUGCAGGACCUACCAAGCCCCAAAAGCAGGCAUCGCGUUCGGCGACCCUCACUUCAUAACGUUUGACGGCACCAGCUACACCUUCAACGGGAAAGGGGAGUACUACCUCGUGCUCGCGCCUGACAAAGGCCUCACUGUUCAAGGCAGGACAGAGCCUGUGAAACUAGAGAACGGUAGCCUGGGUAAGGCCACAAGGUUGUCUGCACUGGCGAUGAAGGAGAAUGCGUCUGAUGUCAUAGAGGUGCGCCUCACUGACCACGAAGAUCACUUGGAAGUGUUGAGGAACGAGGAGGCUCUCUCCUUCUCUCAGCAGAGCUGGUUGGACCUGAAAGGUGUCUUUGUUUUCUCCUCCGUCCCGCAAAAUGUGACGGUCAUGUUUCCCACGGGAGCCGGGGUGGAAGUUCGAGCCAGAGGGGGCGCCAUGGCAGCCACCGUGCUGCUCCCCCGGGAGUUCCACAACCAGACACUCGGCCUGCUGGGCCAAAUGAACGACGACCCCACGGACGACCUUGUCUCAAGUGAUGGGGUGGUCGUCCCCUCUGACCAGAGCCCCGAGUUGCUCUUCAAAUUUGGAGCAGGCUGGGCCAUCACAAAUGAGACUUCUCUCUUCACAUACGACACAGAGCAUCUGCUGAACACGUAUUACUUUGCGCCGAAGCAUGACCCAGGGUUUGUUCCUGCUUUUUCUGUCCACGAGGACCCCAACGACCCGCUCUACGCCCAAAUGUCGAAAAUUUGUUUCGGCCCAGGCUCUUGGUUCUGCAAGUAUGACACCCUCAGCAGUCAAAGUCUUGUGAUGGGCAACGCCACCCAUGUCUCUUUUCAGAGCCACAUGUCCAUCGUGACAGACCUGGAACCUGUGGUGUCCUGUGGAUGGUUGGCGCCACCCAAGAAUGGCCAGAAGGAGGGGACGACGUAUCUGGAGGGGGCAAAAGUGACAUUCUCCUGCAACAAAGGCUAUGUGCUCUCAGGGUCAAGUGAACGCACCUGUCAGAUGGAUGGCCAGUGGUCAGGCGAGACCACCCACUGCGUCUCUGAUAAUGUCCUGGGAAUUGUGCUGGGCAGUGUGUUUGCAUCCAUGGCAUUGAUCACCAUGAUAGCAACAAUUGCAAUUCACAACAGGAAACGGAAAAGGAAGGCAGCACAGAUCGAACUCAAAGGUAAUCUUUGAACAGAGUUGACCCAACAGCCAACAGAUUACCCAACUGUUUGAUGUAGCCUUGUAGGCAAUGUUACUGUGAGGACAAACGGUGAAAUUUGAUCAUGUGUACCUAACUUCCUUUUGUGGAGUUAACCUUGAAAUGACCCACAAAAAGUGCGGAUCUUUGAUUUCAAAAAUCAUGUAGACACAAUAGGUAUUAUCAAGUCUCCAAUAUGAAGUCUGUAUACAAUGUAGUAACAAUUACAUAGUCCACUGACAUCUAGAUUUGCAAACUCAUAAUGGCUUGUAUGCAUCAAUAAAGGAAUGUUAAUUUAGGCUUCCUUUAUGCCUCGAGGCAUUUAAGAUAAAGAGGUAGGAUUAAUGUUAUUGAAUGAUUUAUUGUCAUUUUUUGGAUGAAGCUGCAUAAUGUGUCUUUUGCAUAGAAUUACUAUGUAGACAUCAGUUUUUGAAGCUGUAUAUCCUGAGUUCCUCUGCUAAGAUCCGUCGCAGUCGCCACUUGUUUGGAGAGAGCCUUUUGCACUAUAAAGGCACUUGCACAAUGACCUAAUAUCACCCCCCAAACUGCCAUGAACACCAGUAUCAGGUCUGUGUGCUUUGUACAUUUACAUUUACAUUUAUUCAUUUAGCAGACGCUUUUAUCCAAAGCGACUUACAUAGGUUACAGUUCUUUACAAUGUUAUCCAUUUAUACAGCUGGAUAUUUACUGAGAUUUACUUUGUAGAUCUGCCUGUAGCCUUUUCUCCUUAUUCAAUAUCUGCAUCAGUCAGUGUCAGCCAAAGUCAGGGGAGGAAUUUUGAUAGCCCACUGCCAUGCUCACUAGGAAGGCUGCUACUUGGUCCUAUAGUCAAAAUGCAGUGUGGACACAAUACUGCACUUUUUUAUCUGUCUGUAAAGAGCAACAUAGUUUGACACACGUGCAAAGUGGACAGUUUUAAAUCUCCUGGAAGUUUAAAGAAGCAAGGUUUUCAAAUGUUCAUAGUUCAUACCAUUUAACUUUGGGUUGACAGGACAGUUUUUUUUCCCCACAAUAAAGACUGAACAGCAAAUGCACUGAUAAGAAAAUUCAAAGUGGUAAACUCUUAAAAGCUGAAAAGCAGAGUACACAGUCAAGAUGGCUUCUUUAUCUGUACUAGGAUGAAAUAUUUGUGCUAGACAGAGGUUUCCUUUCAGUGCCUCAGAGAUGUAAAUCAUUACUUCACACUGACAGUAAUACAACUGUUUUUGUUAAGGUUUAUCAAGUGUUUCUACAAAUUUGGAUUCUGCUGUAUGCCACAGUUGCUAUGUAGUACUCAGGCAAUGGGCAUCUGAGCCACAUUUAUUAACAGAAAACAGCAGGAUGAAAAUGUUUGUGGGCAUAAAAACUUUUUCCCUUAGAGUUUUUGACAUUUACAAUGCUUAUGACAAGAUUAUUUCCAUUUCCAAUGCACCAUUAAACAGGGUAGAACAUAUGAUAUAUGUAUAGACAUUUGUAGACUUGCUAUGUUUUGGUGUUUUAAUAAUUUGGUUGCCAUGGUAUUUCAAGUGGCUCCAAGUUAGGUUGUUUACAACAUUGUAAUGCCCAGUGACAUUAAUAGUGAAUGGACUGGCAAAGGGAGCUUUGAAUUUCAAACUUUCAAAUACAGCAUUUCUUGCUGAGAAAAGGGUUACCUCCUUUCUGUUUACAGGUUCUAUUACAGAAUGGAUCAGUGUUGAUCUGUUGGGGGAUAUCGGUCG